AGCUUGACGUGGCAUCGUCAGCGAAGCAGCAGGUCGAGCUCGUCAGUCUCCGCCUUUAUCUGCUCAUGAUUCGGUCCAGCGCGGCUUAAACUCUCUUUUAUGGGUUAUUUUCUUCAUUGAUAAGCCGCAUCAGACAUGUUUACGUUCUCGGAGCUCGUGCUACUGCUCUGCGCGCUCUCCUACACCGCGUCCGGUUAUUUUGUGAGCAUUGACGCGCACGCGGAUGAAUGUUUCUAUGAGCGCGUGAACUCGGGCACCAAGAUGGGCCUGAUGUUUGAGGUCGCGGAGGGAGGGUUCCUGGACAUCGACGUGGAGAUAACAGGACCAGAUGGAAAGCAGAUUUAUAAGGGAGAUCGUGAGUCCAGUGGCAAAUACUCUGUGGCUGCCCAUAUGGACGGAACUUACAAGUUCUGCUUCAGCAACAAGAUGUCAACAAUGACCCCCAAAAUUGUGAUGUUCACUAUCGAUAUCGGUGAAGCACCCAAAGGACAAGACAUGGAAACAGAGGGUGGUGGUGACAGCUGGGAUGCUCAUCAGAAUAAACUAGAGGAGAUGAUCAAUGAACUGGCUGUUGCAAUGACGGCGGUCAAACACGAGCAGGAAUAUAUGGAGGUCCGAGAGAGAAUACACCGUGCAAUCAAUGACAACACAAACAGCAGGGUGGUGCUUUGGUCGUUUUUUGAAGCUUUGGUGCUGGUGGCCAUGACCCUCGGACAGAUUUACUAUCUGAAGAGAUUCUUUGAAGUACGGAGAGUCGUUUAAAAUCCUGUCCGUGUUCCAGUAUAUAACCACAUCUGCGAUUUACCAGUUUCAAGAAUUGGACGUCCAAUUCGGCAGAGAUCGAAAGAACCCGGUCGUUCUCUAGUCCACCAGUCUGUAUUUUUGUUUUAUUUGCCCCAGUUGUAGAUCUCUUAAAUGUUUGUUUUGGUGAAAGGUGCAAUUUCAGUUGUAAUUAUAAAAUCAUUGCUUUUGAUUUAGCCCAGCUUUUGUCAAUUUAUUGUCAACAGACCUGUUUUUUUCUCCAGUACUGUUACAAGAGCACAUUAGUAUGAGAGAUGAUGAUGUGGUAUUGCCCCAAUGAAAGAAUGUGCAAAAUAAUAGAAGAUUAUAUUUACUGCAUGAUUUAAACCAUAACAUGAGCAAAUGGUAAGUCAGCGGUCACUGAUGUAAAGCGAAAUGUCACUGCAAGCACAUUUUUAUAAGUUAUUCACUGUUCAUUAUUCAUAUCCAGCUUGUUACCCCAAAACCCUUCAUGGCACAUACUUUAACCCGAUGCGAACAGCAGUAAAAAUGACUGCUUAGCUACUUUUUGCUGAUUUUUCUGGUGUGUUUUUAAAUAUUUAGGUGGGAUAGUUCUGGCCCGAUUUUUCCUCUUUAUCUUCAGUCUCUUCACACAGAGAGUACGUUAUGUAGUUUUGUACAAUUUUUUUUUUGUCUAAACCAACUAUUUAGAAAACAGUCAAGACAAUGCAAAAUGAUUUGGCUGAGACUACUGGUAAACUGAGGAUAAGACUGUAAACUUCUGAAAUUCAGUGAGUGUGUCAAAUAUGGAAUUGGUUUAAUAAACAUGAAACAUCUUCUUAAAA